CGUUUUGUUUCUCGAGUUGUUUACGCAGAUCGAACUACCCCGGUCGAAUCAUUGAACGGAACAGUCCUUGAUAACAAUAAAAAAAAAAUAAAAAAAAUAAAGAUAAAGGCUUCUUCAUUAGAUCUAUUCCAAAGUCACACAUUGCAAAUCCCACAUCUGUAGAGAAAAAAAAUAUGAAUUCGUGAAAUUUUCUUUCCUUCUUUUAUUCCGGAAUAUCAAACUACGAUCAUACCGGUUUCAUAAAUAAUCCUGACCUUGAACUCUCAUCCUCUGUCGUGGGCUACGAAGAAAGGAUACCGGUAAAGACAGACUAUGGGUGAACCUCUGAAAGUGCUGGUAACAGGAGCUGCGGGCCAGAUUGCCUACUCCCUUUUGUACUCUGUUGCCAAAGGAGAUGUCUUCGGAAAAGAUCAGCCCAUUAUUUUGGUUCUGCUGGAUAUCGCCCCCAUGAUGGAGGUCCUGAAUGGUGUUGUCAUGGAGCUGAUGGACUGUUCUCUCCCUCUUCUCCAGCAGGUGAUUCCCUCCUGUGAUGAGAUGGAAGCAUUUAAGGGCGUAGAUGUUGCAAUGUUGGUGGGUGCCAUGCCUCGCCGCGAGGGAAUGGAAAGAAAGGAUCUCCUGGCCGCCAAUGUUAAGAUCUUCAAGUCUCAAGGUCAGGCCAUUGAUAAAGUGGCCAAGAAAAACAUCAAGGUGGUGGUGGUUGGAAACCCAGCUAACACCAAUGCUUUCAUCUGCAAGAAAUACGCUCCCUCCAUUCCUGCCGAGAACUUCACAGCUCUUACUAGGCUGGACCAAAACAGGGCCCAAGCACAGGUCGCGGCCCGUUUGGGUGUGGCUAACAACAAGGUACGUAACUGUGUCAUUUGGGGAAAUCACUCCUCCACACAGUUUCCAGACCUGUCCCAUGCUGUAGUCAAUCUCAAGGGAGAAGAAGUGAAGGCUCGCGAGGCAAUCAAGGAUGAUAACUGGGUCAAGAACGACUUCAUCAAGACUGUUCAGCAGAGAGGGGGAGCUGUAAUCAAGGCUAGGAAAUUGUCCAGUGCCAUGUCAGCGGCCAAAGCCAUUGUGGACCAUGUACAUGACUGGUGGUUUGGGGUAGCUGAGGGUAACAUGGUGUCUAUGGCUGUUCUUUCGAAUGGUUGCUAUGGCAUCGAAGAGGGCCUGAUCUACAGCUUCCCUGUGCGUACCAAACCUGACCACACCUAUGAGAUUAUCAAAGACCUGGCGAUUGAUGACUUCUCACGGGAGAAAAUGGAUAUCACCCAGAAAGAACUGAUAGAAGAGAGAGACAUGGCAGUGGCAGCUUGUAUGGAUUGACCUUCACCCAAACUCUAAUGCUGUGUGUUUCUAGUGACGAUUUGUAAUUCUAUAUAAUAGUAAAUGUGGAUGUUCCUAGACAACACACUGAUUUAUGUAGCUGCUAUUUUCAUUCCAGCUUUGCUAAUACCUCUCAUGUAUUCCUCAGCCAUCAUGGCCAAUGACAACUCUUUGUAUAAAUGCUAGACAUAUAAAAAGUUUGAUGCGUUUCAGUUCCAGGGAUAUGUAAGCUUGGCAGCUAUUAUUGUCAGAUGCUAUCACAAUACACAAGAUUUACUCAAAUACAGAAUGAUAAUUAUAUGUUUUGAUUUAUUUAUAUUGAGAAAUGCCAUUGCCAAUCAUUGUUAUAUGAUUAAAUGCAUUCAUUUUAAAUAAAUGAGCUCUUAAGACCA